ACCGUUCAAGUGAUUUGGGUCGAUUCAUUGAUCGUUACUUAAAAAAAGAGGUGGAAAUGGAUCCGAGAGAAGCGCAUCUUGUUUUCGCAGCAAAUCGGCAGGGAUUGAUGUCCACAAUGAAGGAAAAGCUACGAAGCGGGACACAUUUGAUUGUUGAUCGAUAUGCUUAUUCGGGCAUCGCCUAUACACUUGCCAAAGGUGACGAUAGCAUAACGAUGAACUGGGCAAAAUUGGCAGAUUUUGGUGAGCUGAAACCGGACUGUGUUGUUUUCCUUGAUCUUCCACAAGAAAAAGCGCAACGAAGGAGUGGUUUUGGUGACGAACGUUUCGAGACCGAUGACUUCCAGGAAAAAGUGUACGGCGUCAUGAAAACAUUAGCAGCCGAUGAUAAAGAGCUUUGGAAAGUGGUGGACGCUUCGCCAUCAGUUGACGAAGUCGCAGAGUGCAUCUGGAAGCUAAUCGAACCACUGCUUGAAAGCGCAAGUAGGAAGCCAUUCAUGUUCAUUGGCGAUAAGUAAUU